AUGGAGAUAAGAAAUGCUGUAUUGAGGGCGACAGAUCCCAAGUUGAGAACCGAUAACUGGCAGUACAUUUUAGACGUGUGCGAUUUGGUAAAGGAGGAUCCCGAAGAUAAUGGGCAGGAGGUCAUGGAUCUCAUAGAGAAGAGGUUAGAGCAACAGGACGCUAACGUAAUCUUAAGGACACUCUCUUUGAUGGUAUCACUCGCAGAAAACUGUGGUUCCCGUUUAAGACAGGAUAUUAGUUCAAAGCAUUUUACGUCAUUGCUAUAUGCGCUCAUCGAUAGUCAUUCCGUGCAUAUCACACUAAAGAAAGCGGUGGCUGAUACCGUCAAGCAACUGGCGGACUCGUUCAAAGAUGACUCAUCAUUGCGCUCCAUGGGAGAUCUGUAUGACAAAAUCAAAAGAAAGGCACCAUACUUGGUAAAACAACCCAAUGUUCCAGAGAAACAUAACAUGACUACGACAACUGACAAUUCAGACGACGAAGAAUUACAAAAGGCACUUAAAAUGUCCCUGUUUGAAUAUGAAAAGCAAAAAAAACUACAAGAACAGGAAAAGGAAAGUGCUGGGGCUCUUUCCCAGCAACAGCAACAGCAGCAGCAACAGCAGCUAAAUCAAGCUCCUAUGCACACGACACCGGUACAAACUAUUGUAAGAAGAGUUCGAGCGCUAUAUGACUUAUCUACAAACGAACCUGACGAGUUAUCUUUUCGAAAGGACGACGUCAUCAUAGUGCUGGAGCAAGUAUAUAGAGAUUGGUGGAAGGGAGCACUUCGAGGAAAGAUGGGUAUAUUUCCAUUGAAUUAUGUGACGCCAAUCGCUGAGCCGUCGAAAGAGGAAACUGAAAACGAGAAAAAUAAAGAAGCAGUGAUCCUCUCUCAAAAAACCGCUGUAGAUCAACUCCAUUCCUCCCUAAAUGCUGCAUCUAAAACGGGAGACUCUAACGAAGUAUUGCAAGACCCUCAUAUUGGAGAUAUGUAUGGCUCUGUGACGCCUUUAAGACCACAAGUUACAAGAAUACUGGGUAAAUACGCGAAAGAGAAAGAGGAUAUGCUAUCCUUGCGUCAGGUGUUAGCAAAUGCGGAACAUACAUAUAAUCAGCUAAUGGAUCGCGCAGCAAACGCUCACAUCUCGCCUCAAGCUGCAGUACCAGCCUUUUACACAGGAAUUCCUAAUAAUGAUGUCGCCCCGGCAAUGCCACCUCAGAAGCAAGGUUACCACAACCAUCAGUAUGCAUCCUACCCUUCUAACCAACCGAUUCAAAACUCUCCAAACGGUAGGACAAAUACCCAGUACGGUUAUGAUAUGGGAUACUCAGUUGUGAGCCAACCGCCACCUGAUUAUGAGCAAUAG